UCAACUAUACUUUCUCACCUUCUGCACUAUCCUAACUUUACUCUUGUCAUUUUAGUACUCACCCUAGAGGCUGCUGCUUUCUCCACCCAAUCUGAGAUUCUUGAGAAGAAAAUAUCCAAAGAGAUGAUGUCACUCUGAGGGAUGGAGUGGAUUCCUGGGCUGGGAACUCUGGCGAACCCUGAACUUGGGAGGGGCGGAUACUCAACUACACGUUUCCAGUGGAUGCGAGGCGAGGGGGGUCGUCGGAGGUACCAUGUGCGACCUUUGCCGCCCCUCCCCCCACCUGGCGACACACAUCCCAUCAAUCAGCCCUGCCUGAGACAGUGGGACGCCGCCACGGAAAACCUCCCCCAAAUCAGCAUCCAAGACUAUCGAAUCGACCACGAUAAGAUAAAAAGCAUGCGACUGCCGAGCGAUGACCCAGAGACGGGCUGGGUGUUGGGAUUGCCAAGAAGCUGGAAACCCCAGUCAUGUCGAGAUGUGAAGAAUGGAAGGCCCAACUUUUGGGGACAUUUUGACUAUAGUCCAACUAGUAUGAAGUGUAAAGAAGACGAGGCUAAAACCAGCAAAAAAGGAUACCCCUUUCUUGGAAUUUCAUCCUUAUCGUCGUCAAACAGGGAUAAUAAUAGUAAUAAUAAAUCAGAAUUAACAGAUAAAACGGUGACGAAUGCAAUGAUCAUGGACCACGAAGGGUUUCAGAGGGGAUAUCGAGUCCCUCCUUCUGCAGUUUUCGACUUUCAUUAUGAUUCAUUUCCCGAAGACUGUGAGAUUGUGGACGAGUACAAAUAUGAGAAAGACUUUGCUCCUCCCAUCUCCCCAAGUGUCACGGACAGUGAAACCCCUCUAGGAGUUCUAGAUGAAGUUAAUAAUAAUGUUCAGAGGCAUCAUGGGCUAUGCAAACUUAUUAAUCAGCUAUUGAUGUACUGUGAUCAAAAAUUAUCUUAUUUACGCGAUUGUCCCCCAUGGCACAGAGUUCAAAUUGGCGUCCCAGCUCUCAGGAUUAUACAAGCGAUUUACACACUAUGUUAUCUCACUGGAGUCAGGAAUCAUUGUUUACAAAAUGAGAGACCGUUUUGUACAUUUCAGAAGAGUACAAACUGGCGCAACCUCAUUCCCUUUUUAGCAAUAUAUUUUGGAAUAGCACUUCCAGCAAUUCCUCUCCUACCGACGCCUUCUUCAUUGCACUGGUAUAGAACUUUCCGUUCCUUUAAUGCUGUCCUAUUCAUCAUUCAGACAAUGGCAAUGGCUCAAAUAAGCACGGCUGUCUAUAUGCAGAACCCUCCAGGAACACAGCGACUCAUUUAUGAAUACCAAUUUGGCCUGAUUUUCACCAGUCUAUUUUUAAUCGUGUACUUUAAAGUAAAGUAUGACAGACAGGUGGAAAACAUGCCCUACUGGAACGUCUUUACAGGAUGCAGAGUGAACAAACCCUAUUAUUGGACUUCUACCUAUUAUGGCGACAAUGAUACCAGGGGUUAUCUCGUGUAUUCUAGUAUGAUCCGUCAGUUUCAUGACAUUUUUAGCCAGGCUCGGAUGAAUGAUCGCGUCUGGAUGAGAAAUCAUGCCCUUUUGGAUUUCUUCAUUCUCGGGUAUUACCUAGUUUCGGGGGCAUUGUUGACCACGCUGUGUCAGAUGAGCCCCUGGCUGAAGGACGUCGUAGGAUUUUUCGUUUUUAAUUUUGCACUAGGCAUUGGAAUGUCUGUUGUAAGUCUCGUAAUUAUUAUUUCUACACAUGCAAUCUCAGCAAUUAAUUUAAUGUUUGUGCAUGUAAUAUCUCGGCAGUUUCAAUUGUAUUGGAUGCACCACAUCUUUUGCAAACAAUCUUUCAAUAUGUAUCAUUGGGGUGACAUUUUUAUGGUAGCCACGAUCACAUAAAUUGUAUAUGUGCAGUUUGUAAUUGGCAAAUAAAAUAUUCGGAGGAGGUAAAAAUAAG